ACAGAUCUUAGCCUUGGUUUUUCCAUCGGACGGUGGGCGUGAGGCGUGAGUGGUGGUGCGCCUGUCCGCCCCGGGCAGUCGCCUCUCGCCGGCGGCGGGCUUGGACGGCCGGAGAUAGGCCGCAAACUCGCGAAGGCGCCUCCGUCGCGGCGGCAGAAGCGGGUGGCGUCCUGUCGGUGGUCGGCGUCCGGGUGGGGGGUUGGGGGAACCCUCGCGGUCGCGGCGGCGGGGAUGGUGAAGAUAGUGACGUACAACGUGAACGGGCUGCGGCCGCGGGUGGCGCAGCAUGGCUCGCUCCGCCGCCUCCUCGACGCCCUCGACGCCGACAUCAUCUGCUUCCAGGAGACAAAAUUGUCGAGGCAGGACUUGUCGGGGGAUGUCAUCAUGGCUGAGGGAUACGAGGCUUUUAUUUCAUGCAAUCGUUCAUCGAAAGGGCGUGGAGCUUACUCUGGUGUUGCCACGUUUUGCCGGGUAACAUCAGCCUUUUCCAGUCAAGAGGUUGCUUUACCAGUAGCAGCUGAGGAAGGCUUUACUGGAUUGCAAGAGACUGCAAAGAACAGUGAAACUAUUGGGGAUUUUGUUCUUGUAACUCCUGUGGAAGAGGAAGGUCUUGGUGAAGUAACAAAAGAAGAGCUGCUCAAGGUGGACAAUGAAGGACGUUGUGUAAUUACAGAUCAUGGACAUUUUGUUCUUUUUAAUAUAUAUGGCCCAGCUGUUGAAGAAGAUGAUAUAGAACGAGUUCGCUUUAAGCUACUAUUUUACAAGAUACUACAGAGAAGAUGGGAACAUUUGUUGGCUCUUGGGAAAAGAGUUUUCGUUGUUGGUGAUUUGAAUAUUGCACCUUCUUCAAUAGAUAGGUGUGAUGCCCAACCUGGAUUCGAGAAGCAAACGUUUCGGAAAUGGUUGAGAUCCAUGCUGAGAGAACAUGGAGGUCCAUUUUUUGAUGCUUUCCGAUCAAAACACCCUGAAAGAGUGGGAGCUUAUACCUGUUUUAAUCAAAAAGUUGGAGCUGAAGUAUACAAUUAUGGUUCUAGAAUUGAUCACAUUCUCAUUUCUGGUGCCUGCUUCCAUCACUGCGGUUCUGUGGAUGACCACAGCAUCUUUCCCUGCCAUGUGGAAGAAUGUGAAAUUAUGGAUCAUUUCAGAAGAGGGAAUAGCGAAAAUAUGUCAAUGUGGAAAGGAGGGAGAAGUAGUAAGCUAGAAGGAUCAGAUCAUAUUCCAGUUUAUAUUGUGCUGAAUGAGAUACCUGAACUUCCAGUUCAUAACACUCCUUCAUCAGCUGCUAGAUAUCUUCCUGAAAUCCGUGGACGGCAACAGAGCAUAGUAUCAUUCCUAAGGAAAGGCAUGAUUUAUGAACAUAAAGAUGCCAUGUCCAUGGAUAGAGCAGAUGAAAGCUGCUGUGGUGGUGGCUUGGAAAGGAAAGCUAUAUAUAAGGAAGAACCACCAACUGAUAUAGCCAAAUUUUCCAAAGGUAACGACCUUCAUAGUGUCAUCAAGCGGAAAAUUCGUGAUCAAUUGUUAAAUGAAGGUUCAAGUGGCAACUCCCAUAAUAGCACUGCAGCAUUACUGGCAACACAAAGUAGAAAAGCUUCCUUUUCUUGCAGCAAGGCUGUGUCCAACAAGAAAAACAAACAUAACUUGUCUUCCCAACCUACGAUCAAGUCAUUUUUUCAACAACCAAAGUCAAAGCCAGGAGAUAGCAGUACCAAUAGCAUAGUUACUCCACCAGAUACUUUGCAUGGUAUGGAUGAAUUACAUGAUCCAAAGAAUGACUGUCUGCCAGAAAGCAUCCAGUGUACAACUCCAGCAACCGAAGAUCAGGGUAACUCAGAUGUACCCUGCUCGCUUUCAACAGAUAAAUGCAAUGAAGCAACACUGGAGUGGCAAAGAAUACAGCAGAGAAUGAAGAUGACCCUACCACUUUGCAAAGGACACCAUGAACCUUGCAUUCCAAGGUCUGUGAAGAAAGGCUCUAAUAUUGGUCGCCUAUUCUAUGUCUGUGCCCGUGCUCAGGGACCUGCAUCAAACCAAGAAGCAAAUUGUGGUCACUUUCAGUGGGCCACUGUUAAGUCUAAAGAGAAACGCCGGUGACUAAUUUCUCUUUUAUCGCAUAGGUGUAACACUCACUUAGCCUGGACAUGUGUGUGUCACUUGUUUCUAUACACAUGAAAUGCUGAUGUUCUUCUCGGGAGCAAGCUGGUAUUUGAGUCAGCAACUCGGCAUUAAUCUCUAGUUAUGCAUUACGCAGGUACAUAAUUUAAUUUUGUGUUUAAUUUAGAUGGCUACCAUGGCCUCCUUUGUUGUUUACAUAUGUUAUAUUGUUUGGUCAAAUGCCACCUUGUAGCUUUCUCGUAGUUUUGUUUUCUCGGGUUUGGCUAGCUUAUGUUUGCAACUACCCUUGGAUGUAUUAAUUGAAAAACUAGCUGAGAAGCAUGAAAAGAAAUCAAGUGAAGUAAAUUGUGUACUAGCAGUAUAUUGUUCUGUUCCCACUAUGAGAAUUAGGCACUUGAAUCGUGUUUCUGUUUUCUAAAAAAAUGUGGCCUCACUGAGCAUAAUUUGUGGCAUUUUGUUGCUGGUCAA